AUGAUGACUUCCGCGGUGUCGCAGUCACUUCAAGAGAAGCAGCGAGAAAACUUGCUGCGCAUGCUGGACUUUAACUCGGAGAGCACUGGCGGCUUUGCAGAUGCAGUCCUGGACUCCGUUGAUCGCUGGGGCGACCAGUGGAAGGUUCUGAUCUACGACAAAUUCUGUCGCGACAUUAUCUCGCCCAUCCUCAAACUGCAUGAGCUUCGCAAAAAGGGUGUUACGCUGCAUAUGCGUCUGGAUACGGAGCGUGACGCCAUUCCUGAUGUCCCUGCCAUUUAUUUCGUGGAACCUACGCACGAGAACUUGACGCAGAUCGUCUCGGACUGUUCAAAGGAAUUGUACAGCUCAGCACACCUAAACUUCGCGUAUCCGUUGAGUCGUGAGUCACUGGAGUAUUUGGCUCGAGCUUCAGUGGAAGCUGGGUGUACAAGCAUGAUUGCCAAAGUGUACGAUCAGUACACGAACUUCGUGUCGCUGGAACCAAGUCUCUUUUCGUUAAAUCUCCCUGCGAGCUAUCGAGCGUAUAACGAUCCAAAUGUGGCGGAUGCGCAAAUUGAGCAGUCAAUGAGUGUCAUUGUCAAGGGGCUUUUUUCCGUCCUUGCUACUUCCGGAAGAAUUCCGGUUAUUCGCUGUCCCAAUAAUGAUGGACCAUCGAGGAUGGUGGCGGAGCAGCUAAGUUCUACUAUUCGCGAGCACCUGAAUGUGAGAAAUGGCGUCUUUGCUGACAAUACAUCCAGUUUUCAGCGCCCGGUGCUGAUCAUCAUGGAUCGUAAUGAGGAUAUUGCAUCGAGUCUGCAUCAUCCGUCGACGUACCAGGCACUAGUUGAUGACAUUUUGUCGAUUCAGAUGAACCGUGUAAAGGUGUCUGUUAAGACCUCUGGGGACGACGGCGAUAGUGAUGGUCGAUCGGUGGAACGCAUGUACGAAUUAGACGUGACGAGUGACAAGUUUUUUGAGACACAUGCUGGUAGCCUGUUCCCGGACGCAAUUGAUGCAAAUGAAAAGGAAAUGAAGCUGGUUACGGGGAAAGAAGAAAGGAUUCGAGCACAGACAGGAGGGGGCAAUGCGUUAAUGAAUGGCACAAAGGAUCUUGUUGCUGCUGUUGACACUCUGCCGGCUCUCGUGGAAAAGAAGAAAAUGCUGGAAGUUCACACAAACAUCUUUCACGCGGCAUUUGAGGGCGUGACGAAGCGCCACAUUCCGUCCUAUUCUAUGCUAGAGCAGAAGCUUAUCGAUGGCUUGCACGUAGACAAGACUGAGGUGCUGCAGCUAUUGUCAAGCACGGAAAUGGGUACAUUGGCGGAUAAAAUGCGGUUGUUAAUGAUCUACUUCCUGUCGACAAUGUGCUGCAGCAUCAGAGCAGCCGGAGGCUUAUAUGCAGGCGUGGAAGUUUCUCCGCAAGCACUCCGCCUUUCAACGACCAAGUUUAAGGGUCUUGCCCAAGGAUUCCUUGCUCAAGCCGCUGCAAGUUUUAAGAACUUUUUGCCUGAAAACAAAAAGUUGCACGUCACACGAGUCACGGAUGCCAUUUGUGAGAUGAAACCGAACACAGAGGAUGAAACCUUCUUGUAUUUGGACCCGAAGAUUAAGGCCACUGGUGAUGUUCCGCGACAGCGCUCUCCUUUCCGUGAGGUGAUGGUAUUUAUGAUAGGUGGCGGCAACUACAACGAAUAUCACAAUCUGUUGGCGUACGCCAAAGAAUCACAAUCACCACGAUCGAUAUGGUACGGCUGCACAGAGCUGUUGAGUCCAGAGGCGUUCUUGCACCAGCUCGGCUCCAUCGGUACAUAA